GUGAACGUAUCUGUGGACACCAAAGGUCCUCACGAAGCUGCAAUAAGGGAGUUGCUGAGCAAAGCUGGAACCGAAAAAAUCCGGGCUGCGCUUGAUGUAUAUAUACGUGAGCUUAAAGAGGAAUUUAGUAAAGGUCUCAUUCUUCCGACAGACAAAGUCAAGCCUCAGGUUGUAACGAAAGGAAAGACCGCUGUCGUAGAUAAGAAAAGCUUCCAGAAUAUGGUCAUAACUGAUGACAAAAGCAACGCUCCAAAAACUGUGGAAAUGAAGUCAGUGGAAAUAAGCGAGUCAUACAAAGUGCCUCCUGAUCGCCUUUUCGAAGUUUUAAGCGAACCUAAUUACGUCCGGGUGUGGGCGAAUGGUAAUGUGGAGUGGGAUUUCAAACAAGGUGGAAAGUUUGCUCUUUUUGGUGGCACCGUCACGGGAACAUUCGAGGAAAUUAAGGCCAACGAACAAAUCACCAUGUCGUGGAGGUUGAAAUCGUACCCCAAUGACCAUCAUGCUAAGAUCAAGUUCACGCUGAAGGAUGAG